CAUUGUCAUCGCAACAGGUGAGACCAGGAUCCAAUCGCAGGGGACAAAGUGCCUGCGACGUCAGUCAGACUGGACAAAAGCAACUUGCUCCCACCUGUCCCAUCUUAGCCUUCCUCCCAUCCUCGAGCCUCAGCGUAUCCGAGACAGCUGCCUCCUAUCACGAUGUCCAACGCGCUGAACGAAGACAACACGCCUGACCUCAAGGUCGACGAAAGUCCUAUCUCCCCCAUUGAGCGCCGGAACUCUCUCGAGAAACACCUGCAGCUGCGCCCUGAUGCCCAAGACCUGAAGAAUCGCAACAUCCUCCUUAACAGCAAUGUUGCUCCGGCCCUGCAAGCGAAACAGCACGAACUCGAGCGUCAGCAACACUCAGACAAUCUAAGGAAGCAGCUCGAAAAGCGACCGGAACGUGAUGAAUUGGUCGAACGAAACAUCCUCCCCGAGUCAACCGCUGCCCCAGCCCUGCAAGCCAACCAGAAAGCAUUGGAUAGGCAUAUGCGGGCAGACAGUCUGGAGCAUAAGAUUCAGCAACGGCCCAAGCCAGAACAGCUGGUGAAGGAGGGCAUUCUGGAGGCUGAUGAAGACCCGACUCAGCCAUAAGAAAAGAAAGGCUGGAGAUCUGAGGUACACAAUUUUGCGUGAUUCUGAUAUACAAGGGUGGCAGGGUAUCACGGACAUCAGCCAGUGGAGGACCGAUGUACAAAUGCUUCAGUAGCUCUCGAGAUAGCCCAGCAUUUGAGCAGACGCGAGGAAGCAGUCUGCUGCGAGUUGAGAAUGGACGCUUCCUUUUCACUGUCUC